ACCUUCUCAGACGUGACAGCUGUGAGCAAACGGUGUUGGGUUCCUGUACCUGGAUUGAUUUGCCUUUGAGGAUAUUUAGUUAAUUAAAAAGCCCCAUAUUAUCAUGGGAUCCACGUCCACACCUACACAACAUCCCCUGACCAAGCGUAUUCUCAGAAGAACCCUCAGUAGACACAAGUUUUAGGAGGAAGAGAUAUCAUGAAGAUAAACUUAAAGUAACCUGUUAAGUAAAGGGAACAACAAUUAAACACUAGACUCGGAUUCGGUUUCCUUUAAAGUAAAGAAGCUCCGGAGAAGACUUGGGUCCGAUUGUGUUUGAGGACGUGAAGCAGACAGCCUUGAUCUCUACAAUUAUUUUGAUCCUCCUGAAAACAUCCUUGUGGGCUGAACGGAUGAAGUCAUCUGAAUGUGUUUGGUUUUAAAGUUGUGCUGGGACUUUCAGGGUCUGAAGUUUUGCUGUUUGUAUGGAUUAAGUUCUUGAGAUCUCUUGAGGAUGUACAAACGCCGGGAUUACGUUGAACUCUAUGAGAAGGAUCUAGCAAAGUGGGCCUUACUACGAAAUGUCAACACCGUGGUCAAAAACAGCACUUUGUUACCGGGCGACUAUGUUUGGCUGGACCUGAAGACCGGACGCGAGUUUGAGGUCCCGAUCGGAGCCGUGGUGAAACUCUGUGAUUCUGGUCAGAUCCAAGUUUUGGAUGAUGAAGGAAAUGAACACUGGAUUUCCCCCCAAAAUGCCACCAACAUCAAACCAAUGCACCCCACCUCCAUUCAUGGGGUAGAAGAUAUGAUUCGUCUGGGUGAUUUGAAUGAAGCCGGAAUCCUCCGGAAUCUUCUCAUUCGUUAUAGAGAACAUCUCAUCUAUACUAACUGUGGUGGUCGGACAUACACCGGCUCAAUCCUAGUAGCAGUAAACCCAUAUCAGCUGUUGCCCAUCUAUACAGCAGACCAGAUUCGACUCUACACCAAUAAAAAGAUCGGAGAGAUGCCUCCACACAUCUUUGCCAUCGCUGACAACUGCUACUUCAACAUGCAACGAAACAACAAAGAUCAGUGUUGUAUUAUAAGUGGUGAAUCUGGAGCAGGAAAAACUGAAAGCACUAAGUUGAUUUUACAGUUUUUAGCUGCCAUCAGUGGACAACACUCCUGGAUUGAGCAGCAGGUACUGGAGGCAAACCCUAUACUUGAAGCCUUUGGGAAUGCUAAGACCAUCCGAAAUGACAACUCCAGUCGCUUUGGGAAGUACAUCGACAUCCACUUCAAUAAAAGAGGAGCUAUAGAGGGAGCAAAGAUCGAGCAGUAUCUUCUGGAGAAAUCCAGAGUGUGUCGACAGGCGCGUGAUGAGAGGAACUACCACGUUUUUUACUGUAUGUUGAAGGGUAUGACUCCAGACCAGAAGAAAAAACUGGGCUUGGGUAAAGCCACAGACUACACCUAUCUGACUAUAGGAAACUGCACUGUUUGUGACGGCCGUGAUGAUAUGAAGGAAUACUCCAACAUCCGAUCGGCUAUGAAGGUCCUGAUGUUUACAGAUAAAGAGAACUGGGAGAUAUCAAAGCUUCUUGCUGCCAUUCUGCACAUGGGCAACCUGACCUACGAGCCCCGGACGUAUGAUAAUUUGGACGCCUGUGAGGUGGUGCGCUGCUCAGAUCUCACCACUGCAGCUGUUUUAUUAGAGGUGGACUUUAAGGACCUGAUGAAUUGUUUGACUAGUCGAACUAUAAUAACUCGUGGCGAGACUGUGUCUACACCUCUCAGUAUAGAGCAAGCUCUGGAUGUCCGGGAUGCGUUUGUGAAGGGAAUAUACGGACGAUUGUUUGUGUGGAUUGUUGAGAAAAUCAAUGCAGCCAUUUAUAAGCCACCAUCCCUCGAGUUGAAAGCAGUGAGAAGAUCCAUCGGCCUGCUGGAUAUAUUCGGCUUUGAAAACUUCACCGUUAACAGCUUUGAACAGCUGUGUAUCAACUUUGCCAAUGAGAACCUGCAGCAGUUCUUCGUCCGUCAUGUUUUUAAACUGGAACAGGAGGAAUAUAACCUAGAGAACAUCAACUGGCAACACAUCGAGUUCACAGACAACCAGGACGCUUUAGACAUGAUCGCCAUAAAGCCCAUGAACAUCAUCUCGCUUAUAGAUGAAGAGAGCAAGUUUCCCAAGGGUACAGACACCACCAUGCUGAACAAACUGAACUCUCAACACAAACUCAACACAAACUACAUUCCUCCCAAAAACACGUAUGAAACACAGUUUGGUAUCCAGCACUUUGCUGGUGUUGUGUACUACGAGACAAAAGGGUUUUUGGAGAAGAAUCGAGAUACUCUUCAUGGUGACAUCAUUCAACUCGUACACUCAUCCAAGAACAAAUUCAUCAAGCAGAUCUUUCAGGCUGACGUGGCUAUGGGGGCGGAGACCAGAAAACGUUCACCGACCCUGAGCAGUCAGUUCAAGCGAUCUCUCGAGCUGUUGAUGCGCACAUUGAGUGUCUGUCAGCCAUUUUUUGUCCGCUGCAUCAAACCCAACGAGUUCAAGAAGCCCAUGCUGUUUGAUCGAGAGCUGUGCGUGAGGCAGCUCCGGUAUUCGGGAAUGAUGGAAACCAUCCGGAUCCGCCGGGCCGGAUAUCCCAUCCGUUACACUUUCGUUGAAUUUGUGGACAGAUAUCGUGUUUUGAUGCCUGGAGUGAAACCUGCAUACAAACAGGAGGACCUGAGAGGAACCUGCCAGCGGAUCGCUGAAGCUGUUUUGGGUCGAGAUGAUGACUGGCAGAUGGGAAAGACCAAGAUAUUCUUGAAGGAUCAUCAUGAUAUGCUUUUGGAAAUUGAACGAGAUAAAGCCAUAACCGACAAGGUCAUUCUCAUUCAGAAAGUGGUGCGAGGUUUUAAAGACAGAUCCAAUUUCCUGAAAAUGAAGAAGUCAGCCAUGUUGAUCCAGAAGAGAUGGAGAGGUUAUUACUGCCGGAAGAAUUACGGAGCGAUGCGAGCUGGAUUCUCACGUCUGCAGGCCUUGUAUCGAUCUCGUAAACUCUACCACACAUAUCACGUUGCACGACAGAGGAUUACGUUGUUUCAGGGCCGCUGUCGAGGUUGUCUGGUUCGACGGGCGUUCAGACAUCGACUCUGGGCCGUCAUCACCAUCCAGGCCUACACGAGGGGCAUGAUCGCCCGAAGACUUUAUAAGAGACUUAAAGGAGAGUACCGCCGACGUUUAGAAGCAGAAAAGAUGCGUCUGGCCGAUGAGCAGAAGCUCAAGAACAAGAUGAGCGCCAGGAAGGCCAAAGAGGAGGCUGAGAGGAAACACCAGGAGCGUUUGGCCCAGCUGGCACGAGAGGAUGCCGAACGAGAGAAGAAGGAGCGAGAGGAGGCCAGGAGAAAGAAAGAAAUGUUGGAUCAGAUGGAGAGAGCUCGACACGAGCCGGUCAAUGACUCUGAUAUGGUAGACAAGAUGUUUGGAUUUCUGGGUACCACAAACUCCUUUCCUGGUCAGGAGGGCCAAGCACCAGCUGGAUUUGAGGAUCUGGAGAGAACACACCGGGAACUCCAGGAAGAUGACCUGGACGAAGCUCUUCCUCUACCGGAAGAAGAUGAGGAAGACUUGUCCGAGUACAAAUUUGCCAAGUUCUCCGCCACGUAUUUUCAGGGAACGACCACAUGCACUUACGUACGACGGCCGCUCAAACAACCCUUGCUGUUUCAUGAAGAUGAAGGAGACCAGUUGGCUGCCCUGGCCGUGUGGAUCACGAUACUGAGGUUUAUGGGCGACCUACCAGAACCUAAAUAUCACACGGCCAUCAGUGACGGCAGCGAGAAGAUUCCCGUCAUGACCAAAAUUUAUGAGACGCUUGGCAAGAAAACAUACAAGAGAGAGCUGCAGGCUUUGCAGGGAGAGGGAGAGAACUCUCACACAGACAGUCAUAAGAAAAGCAGUGUACGACACAAACUUGUGUCACUCACCCUAAAGAAGAAAUCAAAGAUUACAGAAGAGGUGACCAAACGGCUGAAUGAUGGUGAAUAUACGGUACAUGGGAACAGCAUGCUGGAGGAUCGACCCACAUCCAACCUGGAGAAGUUACACUUUAUUAUCGGCAAUGGUAUCCUCCGACCGGGCCUGAGAGAUGAGAUCUACUGUCAGAUCUGUAAGCAGCUGACCCAGAAUCCAUCUAAAAGCAGUCACGCCCGUGGCUGGAUUCUCAUUUCUCUCUGUGUGGGAUGUUUCGCACCAUCUGAGAAGUUUGUGAAGUACCUAAGAAACUUCAUUAGUGAAGGUCCACCUGGUUAUGCUCCGUAUUGUGAGGAGAGACUCAGGAGAACGUUUGUCAACGGUACCCGAACACAGCCUCCGUCCUGGCUGGAGCUUCAGGCCACCAAAUCAAAAAAACCUAUAAUGCUUCCUGUGACGUUCAUGGAUGGAACCACAAAGACCCUGCUGACGGAUUCUGCCACGACAGCCAUGGAGCUCUGCAGCGCUCUAGCAGAUAAGAUCAGUCUUCAUGACCGCUUCGGUUUCUCGCUCUAUAUCGCCCUGUUUGACAAGGUGUCCUCUCUGGGCAGUGGUAAUGAUCAUGUGAUGGAUGCCGUGUCUCAGUGUGAACAGUACGCUAAAGAACAGGGAGCGCAGGAGCGUAACGCCCCCUGGAGGCUGUUUUUCAGAAAAGAGGUCUUCACACCCUGGCAUGACCCGACUGAGGAUGGCGUAGCUACAAACCUCAUCUACCAGCAGAUCGUACGAGGGGUGAAGUUUGGGGAAUAUCGCUGUGAUAAGGAGGAGGAUCUGGCAGAGCUGGCAUCGCAGCAGUAUUAUGUGGACUACGGCUCUGAGAUUCUUGUGGAGCGUCUGUUGAGUCUCAUUCCAUCAUACGUCCCUGACAGAGAGAUCAGCUCGGCCAAAACUGUGGAAAGAUGGGCUCAACUCAUCAUGGCUGCACACAAAAAGGGCAUCUAUACUCAGAAGAGAGUGGACCCUCAGAAAGUCAAAGAAGAAGUGGUUGAUUUUGCACGUUACAAGUGGCCUUUGUUAUUCUCAAGAUUUUACGAGGCCUUUAAAUUUUCAGGUCCCAGUCUACCCAAGAAUGAUGUGAUAGUGGCUGUGAACUGGACAGGUGUUUACUUUGUGGAUGAACAGGAGCAGGUUCUCCUUGAGCUUUCUUUCCCUGAGAUCACCGGCGUUUCCAGCAGCAAAGGAGGAAAGCAUCAAGCUCAAAGUUUCACCCUGGCCACCAUUAAAGCAGACGAGUACACUUUCACCUCCAAUAAUGCAGAGGACAUACGAGAUCUGGUGGUCACCUUCCUGGAGGGUCUCAGGAAAAGAUCAAAGUUUGUUGUGGCCAUACAGGACAAUCCCAGCCCAGCCAGCAAUGAUUCAACGUUCCUGAGUUUCCUGAAAGGUGAUCUGAUUCUGUUGGAUCAGGACACUGGUGAGCAGGUCAUGACAUCAGGCUGGGCUCACGGCACUAACGACAGAACCAAACAGAGAGGAGAUUUCCCUGCAGACUGCGUGUAUGUGCUGCCUACCGUCAUCAGACCUUCACCUGAUAUUGUGGCUUUGGUUACUAUGACACCAGAUCAGCGUCAGGAGUCGGUCCGGAUUUCCCACGUGCCCAUGAUGGAGAGUACAGAGAGAGUAAAGCCAUACACAUUGGAGGAGUUCUCUUAUGACUACUUUAGACCUCCUCCCAAACACACGCUCAGCAGGGUAAUGAUCACCAAAAACCGAGGGAAAGACAAACUGUGGAGCUGCACGCGAGAGCCCAUCAAACAAGCUCUACUGAAGAAAUGUGUGAACCAUGAGGAGCUUUCACAAGAGGCCUGCAUGGCCUUCAUUGCUAUGAUGAAAUAUAUGGGCGAUUAUCCAUCCAAACGGACGCGAUCCGUGAAUGAGCUGACGGAUCAGAUCUUCGAGGGUGCGCUGAAGGCGGAGCCUCUGAAAGAUGAGAUAUACUGUCAGAUUAUAAAACAGCUGACCGACAACCACAUCAAGUACAGCGAGGAGAAAGGUUGGGAGCUGCUCUGGUUGUGUACCGGUCUCAUUCCUCCCAGUAACGUCCUGUUGCCGCAUGUCCAGAGAUUCCUGCAGUCGAAGAAACAUCAUCCACUGGCUUCUGACUGCAUGCAGAGACUGCAGAAAGCUUUACGGAACGGCUCUCGCAAGUAUCCCCCUCACCUGGUUGAAGUCGAGGCCAUUCAACAUAAGACCACGCAGAUCUUUCAUAAAGUCUAUUUCCCUGAUGACACAGAUGAGGCUUUUGAGGUUGAGUCCAGCACAAAAGCCAAAGACUUCUGUCUCAACAUCUCUACUAGACUGCUGCUGAAAUCACCAGAAGGCUUUAGUCUGUUUGUCAAGAUAUCUGAUAAGGUGAUCAGUGUACCUGAGGGGGAUUUCUUCUUUGACUUUGUCCGUCAUCUAACUGACUGGAUAAAGAAAUCUAGACCAGCUAAAGACGGUAUAGUUCCUUCACUGACCUACCAGGUGUUUUUUAUGAAGAAGUUGUGGACGGCCACAGUUCCAGGGAAAGACUCUUUUGCUGACUCUAUCUUUCAUUAUUAUCAGGAAUUACCCAAGUAUCUUCGUGGAUAUCACAAAUGCUCCAGAGAUGAGGUUUUCCAGCUUGGUGCCCUGAUCUACCGAGUCAAAUUUGAAGAUGACAAAUCCCACUUUCCCAGCAUUCCCAAAAUGCUAAAGGAGCUCAUUCCUCAGGAUCUGAUACGCCAACUCUCACCGGACGACUGGAAGAGGUCAAUUGUGGCAUACUUCAACAGACACGCUGGUAAAUCAAGGGAGGAAGCCAAGCUGAUGUUUCUCAAGAUCAUUUUUAAAUGGCCCACGUUUGGUUCUGCUUUCUUUGAAGUAAAGCAAACCACCGAGCCAAACUUUCCUGAGAUACUGCUGAUAGCCCUUAACAAAUAUGGAGUCAGUCUGAUCGACCCCAAAAACAAGGAUAUUUUAAUCACGUAUCCCUUCACGAAGAUUUCCAACUGGAGCAGUGGAAACACAUAUUUCCACAUUACCAUUGGAAACCUGGUUCAGGGCAGCAAACUUCUGUGUGAGACAUCACUGGGUUAUAAAAUGGACGACUUGUUGACGUCCUACAUUAGCCAGAUGCUGACCAGUAUGAGUAGGCAGCGUAACACUCGCACUCACAGCAAGUGAACGUUUGAUUGGCUCGAGGCCGCAGAGCUGGUGCGUCUGCUGCGCCCUAUUGGUCGGCCCUGCAGUUGGGGGCGGGUCUUUGCUGCCCAGCUGUGGCGAAUGAGCCGUACGCCCUCUGCCAGCUCUCAGGGCUCGAUGUACCCCGAUGAUAACUCUUCAUCUGCCUCCAGUGAGGAUGACUACCUCUGAGCAGCUCUAGAAAGCUUUGCAUAACAACAUCUGAAAUAUAUUUGUGUAUCAGAGUUUGUGUCUAUUGUUAAAUGACUGUAUUAUAUUAUAUGUGGUAAUGCACAUUUACCAAGUCUAUGAACUGAAUGGCACAUAUGCAUCCCGAAACAAUUUUUAGCAUUUUAAAAAUGUCAUUUUUGAUGUCUUCCUCACAGUAACAGCUCUGAACAAACACGUUGAAAUAUUUAUGUUUGUAAAUAAGCUGCAAAAGUCUUUUUGGUGGUCUUCAUGAAAGCAAAAAUAUUGCUUUUAUAACUUUGUUUGUGUUUAUUUUAUGCAACUCGGUUUUAUUCAGAUUCACAUUUUUUUUUAUAUUAUUACACUGAAUGCCUUAAUACUUUUUUGUAAGACGAGUAACUUUGUUUUUGCAGCCUGUAUUAAAGCACAUAUUGCUUGUAAUUUCAGUUUACAUGAUCGUCUCUGGAUCAGCCUACAUAUAUUUUCAGAUGAUGUUAAGAGAAAUAUAAAGGGUGUUUUGAAAAUUGAUAAAAAAUUACAUCAUCUACAUGGACUUAUGCAUGUUCAAGACUGAUAUGGUGAAUGUUUGGGAUAUUUCAGCGGCAUAAGAAAUCUGAUAUUGAAAACCUUUUGGUCUUUUAUCAUGAGUGUAAACAUGGUUCCUGUCUUUGUCCAUUGUAAUUAUACAUUUAAUUUAUCAACUUAAUUUAUGGCCUUUAUUUGCACUGAAAUUGCAAGAAAAAAAUUCUUAGUA